AUGGCUGGGGUGCAAGCUUGGCUUUGCCUGGCUCUAGAUCUGCUCGUAACAUGGUUCUUUCUUUUGUUUGUACUCGCCCUGUUGCCAGGCUUCCCGAUGGAUACCAGUCUACCUGGCCCUGGCCUGGCUUGCAAGCGCCGCAGCAACACCUCAACACCGCCUCUGUGCCAUGAUUGCUUAGCAUCAGAUCCAUGUGCAACUAGUGAUCAACCCACGAGCUCGAGCUCGCAUGAGGAGCCAAGAGGGCCCAAUGAGAAGCAUCCCCGCCGCCGGUCCUAUUCCUUCAGCUGUCCACGAAAAGCUAGUCUGGCUGUAGGGAAGGUCGAGAGUUAUCCCAGCCCUUUUUUUUACAUGGACCUUUUCAAGGACGGCUGGUCAAAAGGUGUCAUAAGGCAGGGUGGGCAGCCCAAUAAUGCGCCCAAGUGA